AAUGAAGCCCAGCUAAUUUCUAAUCAGGUGCCUCGAGAUUUGGAGGUCAUACCAGAGGUUACGUUUAUUCCCAGGCAUGACCCGAGGUAUACACAUAAAAACAUGCAUUAGCUUUCAUAAAUCUCAUUGCAUGACGUCAAUCACUAAAGGAGUAGGAGAUCCGUACUUUAAAUGAGCUAAUCAGACCGAGAUUGCCAAUACUUAAGUCAGUUCAGUGUCCCAUGGUUAUAUUAGAUAGCAGUACUCCAUUCAUCAACUACCUCACCAAUUCAAUUGACCCUCACAAUGUCCGGCCUCACAAUCCACCACCUCCGCCGCUCCCAGUCUGAACGAGUCAUCUGGCUCUGUGAAGAACUCAACCUCCCUUACACCCUAGUCUGCCACGACCGCGCCCCAACCCUGCAAGCCCCAGAAUCUUACCGCUCCCUUCACUGGGCCGGCACAGCCCCCAUAAUCACAGACGACAAUGGCAGCAUCAUCCUUGCCGAAACAGGCGCCAUCUUCGAAUACAUCCUCACUAAAUACGCCCACGGCCGUCUCUCCUACCCCCCAGACCACCCUCAAUACGCAGAUUAUGUCUUCUGGCUGCACCGCGCAAACGGAUCCUUCCAGCCCGCGCUCAUGUCAGUCAUGUACAAUAAGCUGCGAGGCGGCAGCGACGAGGACCGCGUGUCGCAAGUGAUGCAGAGACGGCUGCGGGUCAAUUUUGAAGCGAUGGAGAAGCAGUUGGGGAGGUUUAGGUAUUUAGCUGGGGACGAGUUUACGGCAGCAGAUUGCGUUACUGUUUUUUCAUUGACGACGGGACGCUUGUUCAUCCCAUAUGGGCUCGAGGAGUAUCCGAAUAUCGUGAGGUAUUUGGAAAGAAUUGGGGAGAGGGAGGGUUUUAGGAGGGCUAUGGAGAAGGGAGAUCCCGGGUUGGUUCCUGUGCUGUCGGCGGAGGCGCCGAGGGAGACUAUGUGGAAGUUAUGAUUGCG